GUCCGACCCGCGUCCGACACAGUUCUCCUCAAAAAGCACGCCUAUGAACUGAGUACUGAAAUCUCCAAAGCGACUGCUAAUAGGCAACGACGACUUGGGACUCUACUGUGCAGCUUUCUCUAGUUACCAUGUCCUCGAUCUCUCAGCCUCUCACGUCCGCGUUUGCCCGGCGAUGUUUAGCCAGCCAUAGGUCUUCAUUCGCGAACAGUGCGAGGUCCUACGCGAAUACCUCCCAAAUCCCAAAGGCUCCUCCUCUGAAGGACCUUCCUCCACCAGAGUCCUUCACCGAAGCAUCCAAACCAAGGCAAUACUACAAGCGACCUGAGCGAGAUCUCCCUCCACUUGAGAGAAGAUGGCCUGUAGUCCUCGCUUUCGCUACGGUGGGAGUGGGUGCGUGGGCGCUGUUCCUAGCAUGGAGUAAGAACCAGGAGAAGCUCUCGAGCUCUGUCAUGCGGCAAGUCAUGGAGACCGUCCGCGACAGCGCAGAACUCAAGGAGAUCCUGGGCGAGGCCAUACGCCCUGAGCCCGUUUGGUGGCUGAAUGGAGACCCUUGGAUCAAUGGCUCGAUUCGCCUGAUGCAGGGUAACGUCGACCUGAGCUUCAGGCUGAAAGGUCACAAGCGCGCCGGCACGCUCUACUUCACGAGUAUUAGGAAGGCGAAGGGCGAACCAUUCACAAUUCUGCGAUUCAAGGUCAUCGCGGACGAUGGCACAGUUGUCGAUGUACCAGGAGGCGGCCUGUAGCAUCCAACCAUAAUAACCACUACACUAUCGCACUCCACUGAAAAUUAUCCGGCCGUGCCACACCAGGCUUCAAGAAUCGCAGGCAAUGCCUCGCUAGCCGGAAGGAUGCACGCGAAGAGUCCAAGACUAGCACAUGGCAUCUAUAUUACUGUACCAUAAUAACGACAACAUAACGACGACCGACCCAGAUCACCUCCACCAUCGUGCCAAUCAAUAGACGUGGAUCUGCCAUGACGGUCAGCGACGAAUAUCGGAUGACACCGAUGGAC